CUGCUACCUCCACCUCUACCUCUUGUCGUUCCAUUCACCCUUCCCGUGCGUCGGUUCAUCCUCACCUCACCCCACCCCCGGUUGGUUAUACCGUAUUGGUGGUGGUGGUGGUGGAGGUGAGGUGGCGCUGUUGGUGCUCGUCGAGGUGGUGGUGGUGAUGAAGUGGAGGUGACGUGAAGUGGUGUUGACCGGUUACUGCAGUCCAGAAGAUCAAGGUCAAGAAUCCCGUCGUCGAGUUGGACGGUGAUGAGAUGACCCGUGUGAUCUGGGACUCUAUCAAGCAGAAGUUCAUCCAUCCUUACCUGGAUAUCGACCUCAAGUACUACGACCUGGGACUCGAGUACCGUGACCAGACCGACGACAAAGUCACCACCGAUGCCGCUGAGGCCAUCCUCAAAUACUCGGUCGGUGUCAAGUGUGCCACCAUUACCCCCGAUGAGGCGCGUGUCAAGGAGUUCAACCUUAAGCAGAUGUGGCUGAGCCCUAACGGAACCAUCCGAAAUAUCCUCGGUGGAACCGUAUUCCGUGAGCCCAUCGUCAUCGACACCAUCCCCCGCCUCGUCCCUGGCUGGAAGAAGCCCAUCACCAUCGGCCGUCACGCCCACGGUGACCAGUACAAGGCCCGCGACUUCGUUGUCCCCGGUCCCGGUACCGUCGAGCUCGUCUACACCCCCAAGGAUGGUGGUGAGCCCGAGCGCAUGAAGGUUUUCGACUACUCUGGAGGCGGUGUCGCCCUGGCUAUGUACAACACCGACGAAUCGAUCCGCGGCUUCGCCCACGCUUCGUUCAAGAUGGCUCUCGACCGCGAGAUCCCCCUCUACAUGUCCACCAAGAACACCAUCCUGAAGCGCUACGACGGCCGUUUCAAGGACAUCUUCCAGGAGAUCUACGAGAGCACCUACAAGUCCCAGUUUGACGCCAAAAAGAUCUGGUACGAGCACCGUCUCAUCGACGACAUGGUCGCCUACAUGCUCAAGAGCGAGGGUGGAUACGCCAUCGCCAUGAAGAACUACGAUGGUGAUGUUCAGAGUGACAUCGUUGCUCAGGGUUUCGGGUCGCUCGGUCUGAUGACCAGUGUCCUGAUCACCCCUGACGGAAAGACCUUCGAGUCCGAGGCCGCCCACGGAACCGUCACCCGCCACUGGCGUGAACACCAGAAGGGCAACGAGACCUCCACCAACCCCAUCGCCUCGAUCUUCGCCUGGACCCGAGGACUGAUCCAGCGUGGAAAGCUUGACGAGACCCCGGAACUGAUUACGUUCGCCGAGGCCCUCGAGCAGGCGUGCAUCGACACCGUCAACGACGGCAUCAUGACCAAGGACUUGGCUCUGGCACAGGGACGGACGGACCGUGCCGCCUGGGUCACCACCUCGGGAUACAUGGACGCCGUCGAGGCUAAGCUUAAGACUCUGAUUAAGGCUUAGAAAACUAGGGAUGGGUAGGGGAUGGCGUUUGUUUGUCACAUUACUGCUAUAUAUACCAAAAUACUACUACUAGAAGUAUAUAACACAUGAGAAUUUCCGUGC